AUGAACUUUGUGAAUCCAUAUGAAAUUGAAUCAAGUGACGAUGACUAUGAAGAUUCAACUUUAGAAAAUCUUGAAAAAGAAAAAAAUUCAAUAUAUUUUCACACAGUUGAUAUUUUCAACAAACCUGAUGACAAUGGACGAGUUUUGGUAAAUGUGAAUAGUGAUAAAGAACAUCCAAUUUAUUUAAGAGAAUCAUUGGCAAAAAUUUUGAAACCUCAUCAAAUUGGUGGCAUUAGAUUUCUCUAUGACAAUCUAAUCGAAAAUUUAGACACUUUAAACAAAACAAAUGGAUUUGGUUGUAUUUUAGCCCACAGUAUGGGACUAGGGAAAACUUUGCAAGUGAUAAGUUUCAUUGAUAUUUAUUUGAAAUAUACAAAUUCAAAAACCAUAAUGAUUGUUACACCAGUUUCAUUGCUUUCCAAUUGGUACAACGAAUUUAAAAAAUUUUUGCCUAAAGAUACUGCUAAUCCCAACAGAUUCAAAAUUUCUAUUGCUAAUAAUGGGAAGACAAAAGAAGAAAAAAAAUUGAUAAUUGAAAAUUGGUGGACGAGAAAAGAAGGAAUUUUACUAAUUGGAUAUGAAUGUUAUGCUUCAAUGUCUGAAGAAAAGAAUUUAUUUACACAACUUGUUGAUCCAGGACCUGAUUUGGUUGUUUGUGACGAAGGUCAUAAAAUAAAAAAUCCAGAAAGUAAAAUAACAUUAGCACUUGGAAAAGUACGAACCAAACGAAGGCUUUUAUUAACAGGAACACCAAUGCAAAAUAAUUUGAUCGAAUAUUGGUGUAUGAUCAAUUUCAUUCGUCCUAAUUUUUUUGGAUCAAGAGACGAAUUUAUAACAAAUUUUGUACAACCAAUUUCGAUCGGACAAAAAAAGGACAGUACAAACCAUGAAAUACUUUACAUGCAAAAACAAGCUCACGUAUUAAAUAGAGUUGUUCGUGGAUUUGUUCAAAGGCGUGAUGAUAGUAUUCUUAAAGCCGAAUUACCCAGGAAAUAUGAAUAUGUAAUACCAAUUAAAUCAACUAACAUUCAAAAGCAACUGAUGAAGAGUUUUUUAUCCAAAUUGUUAACUUUUGGAAAUUCAUUUAACAUAUUAACUAUUGCAACAAUAUUAUUAAAAAGAAAAUAUUUUACGCUGUUAGAACUACCAUUUAACUGUACCAAAGAAACAUUUAGAAUCAAUGUAAGCCAAAUAUCACUUUUGGCUAUUAUGGACCCUAAUUAUAAAUUUAAUGGUUAUGAUAUUUAUACAUUAACCAAAUUGAAUCGUUUUAUAUUGAACUGUUAUUCAAACGGAAUUGAUCCAACAAAUCAUUCAUUAAAACAAGUGAAAGAGAAGAUACCACGAUUUGGAUACCCUAAUGACGAUGAUAAAAAUACAUUUUGUGAAACAGUUUACAUGUAUAGUGAUCAACUUGAUGAAAUUCGAUUGAAUGAAGAACUUAAUGAUUCAUUAGAUUUAGACGAAAUAGAAGCAUUGCUAAAUCAUGAAGAAAUAGAUGCUUCUCAAUUAACAUUGAACGCUACGGAGAAAGAAACAACGGAAAUUUCAGUGACAGAAUUAUCAAAUUCACCAUCAUCUUCAUCAAUCAUAAAAUUAUUAAAUGAACCACAGUUAUUAACAUCAAUCAAUCAACAUAAACAUACAACAUUGACUGGUCAAAAAUCAUCAUCAGUAUCACCAACAUCGAAUCAAACAAUAAUUCAUUUAUCAGUUGAUACUAAUCUAAAAAAAAUCUCAGCAAAUAAUUCGGAAAUGUUGAUAGAAAUUGAUUCAAAUGAAGAUAUAACACCAAACUCAGCAAAAGAACAACAAUCAACAUUUUUUGAUCAACUCGAUAAAACAAAAUUGCCUAAUCACAAAUCACCAUCUCCAUCAUUGACAGCAGAUCAAAUAAUUAUACAUUCAUUUGUAAAUAAUCAUCAAGAUCAAGCCUCAACAAGUACUUCAGAUUUAUUGAUGGAAAUUGAUAAAGACAACAAUUCAACAACGAAUUUACCAAAAGACCAUGAAUCAAAUGAAAACACAUCACCAUUAUUAGAAGAUCUACAGAUGAAUCAAUUGCCACCCCUUGAUGAUCACCAAGAACAGUAUUCUACAGAUAUUUCCAAAGUACCAAUUAUAAAUAACAAUUGCGAAAAACCAACCAAUAACUUAUCUGAUCCACAACCAUCAACAUCAACAGAAUUUCAAAAAUCUUCAUUAAUUAAAUCAAAAUUACAAUCUUCAUCUUCAUCAACAUCCACUAAUUCAAGAGAAUCUAUUGCUAAUACUCAACAUAAAGAACAAUAUAAUUUAACUGCUCAGGAAAACAAAACACAAGAUCAAGUCUCAACAAAUAUUUCAGAUUUAUUGAUGGAAAUUGAUGAAGACGACGAUUCAACAACGAAUACACCAAAAGACCAACAGCGAUCAACAUAUAUUGAAAACCAUGAAUCUAUUGUCGAUACUCAACAUAAAAAUCAAUAUAAUUUAACUGCUCAAGAAAACAAAACACAAAAUCAAGUGUCAACAAAUAUUUCAAAUUUAUUGAUGGAAAUUGAUAAAAACAACAAUUCAACAACGCAUUUAAAAGAACAACAGCAAUCAACAUCUAUUGAAAACCAUGGAUCAAAUGAAAACACAUCACCAUUAUUAGAAGAUCAACAGAUGAAUCAAUUGCCACCCCUUGAUCACCAAGAACAUAAUUCUACAGAUAUUUCCAAAGUACCAAUUAUAAAUAACAAUUACGAAAAACCAACCAGUGACUUAUCUGAUCCACAACCAUCAACAUCAACUGGUUUUCAAAAAUCUUCAUUAACCAAAAUAAAUUCACAAUCUUCAUCAUCAGCUAAUUCAUCAAAUUUAAAAGAAUCUAAUGCUGAUACUCAACACCAAAAACAUAAAAAUUUACAUAAUCAAGCUGAUAAAUCAAAUGAUUCGGAUGAUGAAUAUGAUGAUAGAAUGGCCAAUUUUCCAGUUGAAAUUAUUCACGAUCAAUAUUUAUACAAAUUUAAAGAGGUUUAUUAUUAUUAUAUUAUCGAUAUGGAAACUUUUGAAAAAAAAACUUUGAAACAAUUUAAAGAAAAAGGCGAAAUUUAUCUAGGUGAUUCCAAAAUCGGUACAAAUACAACAUAUUUCUGUAAAUAUAAUCAUCCUUGCUCAAUCAAAGCUACAAACAACAAAUAUAAUAUUACACAACACAUUUCAAAUAUUUUUCAUGGUGCAGUUUGUUUGACUUGUAACCCACCACAAGUAGUUCGAAGUUAUACAAAUAUCUUUCGACACAUAAAUGAAAAGCAUAUCGAUAGCAAAAAAAAUAAAUUUGGUUUACCUAAAAAAAAGUAA